UAGGAGUCUUGCCUUCUCCGGGCCGGCUCUUCGCUUUUCCAGCGCUCAGUCGGGCCUAAUUAAUUGAGACUUUGCAGUGAACAGCUAUAAUGUGAGCUCUGUAGUGCUUAUGUAUGCCCGUGAAGCACGCCAGAAGAGAACAUUAAUUAAGAACUCGGGUGAAGCCGAUGCUCAUCUUAUCGUUUCUUCUCACGUGUCUGUUCAGUGGCAACAUUCCGUGGUGACGAUCCACCAAGACAUCAGUGAGACAACACCUGAAGAAAGGGAAACAAACUAUUAGUCAUACAAUCCACCUAGUUUGUUAUCCACUCAUACAUUCAUGAACCUCGCAAGUCAAUUUGCCACCUGACCUAUUAAUUUAAGCGUUUUCGUGGGCGGUUAGAAAAACUGCCACCAUGCCAGAAAUCCCAGCUUACAACAAGCCAGUAAACUAAGCAUUCGCCAGGAUGUCCGGUCAAUCAGGAACUUCACCCACGCCCCUACGCCCAUGGCAGGACUCGCUGCGGUCAGCUGGACAAGCCCUCGAGUUUUUGCUGGCUAGUGGAAUCAAUUCUGACGUCACCCUAGUGGUCGGCCGCGAGGGUAAACAAUUUAAGGUUCACCGUCUGAUUCUCUCUAUGAGGAGUCCCGUAUUUGAGGACCUGCUGCUCCUCAACCCGGCCAGUAAGAGUUGUGUGCUGCCCCUCAAGGAUGACUCUCCCUGGGCCUUCCAGUGGCUCCUGAACCAUAUUUACACCGACAAGCAUGAGAUCGACAGCAUGGAACUAGCCCUACAAAUUCUGAGCUUGGCGGAUAAGUACAUGGUUGCCAGUGCAUAUGACACCUCCAUUAGGUAUCUCCAAACCGUAGUGAAACGUAACAACGUCCUCAAGAUAUACAACUAUCUGGUCCAUCUCUUUGCCGAUAACGACUCCCUCCGGACGUUGUGCAAAGGGGUCUUCAGGGACAACGGGAACGCUGUGCUCCUGUCCCCGGCGCUGAUGGACCUCACGCCAGAGGCCAUGUCUCAGCUCCUCAAGGAACCUCUGAGGAUCACCUCGGAGACCGUCAUCUUUAAGGCUCUCGUUAAAUGGGGUCAAGCUCAGCUGAAGCUCCAAGGGAAGCCCCUGAAACCGUCGGCCCUCCGCCAAGAAAUUACACACUUCCUACCUCUGAUACGCUUUUUUACCAUGACCUCCGACGAGUUUGUGCAGAACGUGCUGACCACCGAUGUGCUGACGCCGGAGGAGAAUGUGUAUGUGCUGAAACAAAUAGCCAAGCCGCAGAGCGAUCCGGGACACCAUUCCCCUUUGGGCAAAUCGCUGCAGAUCAACACCAGCAGGGAGAGCAGAGCCUCACUCAUCACGAAGGAACAGAUGCGCACCGUCUUGUGUGAAGGAGUUAACAAGACGUGGCUGAGGGAGCCCACCUACCAGUUCCAUCUCCUUCCUUCAGACAACAUUGUCCUCCUGGCUGUCAAGGUCCAGCUGGAGGGUGGAGCAGAGGACGUGCAGCUUGAGAUACGCAAAGAGGACGCAAAUUCGGCGGUGCUCGCAAGCGCUGAGGGCCGCGGCGCUAACCUCUCCUUCAAGAACCCGGUCCACCUCAGGGAGUCCGUUACCUACGUCUUCACCCUUCAGGUCUCCGACCCAGUAACGGCGCUGUACGGAAGCAAGUUUUCACAGAAGGUCUAUGAAAUUGAGGGCUUCCAGAUCUCCCUCAGUCCGGGAGUCUUCAUCCAGGCUGUGGUAUUCUUCUGAUGAACUAGAAAAAUACAUCAAAGUUCUAUAGAGCUUCGUUCUCCAGUGAAUGCCUUAGUGACAGCUUAAUAGUCAGAGACUGUGCUGAGCAAUGAGCAAAUUGUAUGCAAUUUAACAUAUACAAGCAAACAACAAUCCCAAAAUUGAGCAGCUCAUAUUUAUUCUUAUAUGAUUUUUUAUUUACGAAGAAAAGAUACAUAAUUUUUUCAUUUACCAAUGUGCUCAUGUGGAAUAUCCAAAAAGAUUUGAACAUAUUUUCCUAUUGAUGGAAUGCACAUAUUUAAAUGUAAAAUAAGUUAGUAAUUGGUUAUUGAGAGCUCCAAAAACCUGAUAACAUACGUAUCUUAGACUUGUAGUCCACAUCACAAUCCGGAAAUCACAAUACACAUGAUCCUCCGAAACACGAUUUAGAAAGAUUUUCUAAAAUGCUUGCUACAAUAAAUUAAGCUCAAAGAGGGCUUUAAAAACGCCACAGUAACACGAGUUUUAGCUGUACCUCUAAUAAAUUGAGUGUUGUCACAAGCUCUGCCCGAAAAAAAUAAAGGAAACGUGAGGUUGGUUUUGCUCCGCGAACAUUUUUUCGAAAUAAAAAAUAUAAUUUUUGGCGUUAUUUUAGCUGUAACCGAGGACCAAAUUUUACCAGAUCAAAAUAUUUAAUACAAAUCUCUCUUAGGCAUUAAUGUAUACAAAAUAGCAACGAAUCUGGCUCCCCUUGAGCAAAGUUUUGAUCGAGCCUUCACCAUUUCAUGCAGUGAAUAGCACGUACGGGUUUAACACUUUAUAUUUGUUACUUGGUGUACUGACAUCACAGAGGUCCAGAGGGAGCAUCGACACCAUGCCCAGCCCUCCUAGGGCAGGGUAGGUGCCUGAGCCAGAGCUUUCAGCUCACAAGACUGUCAUUCCCAUUAGCCCCCUUGGGGCGGGGAUGGCAGACCAGAGAGGCCUAGCUUCUCCCUACGAGCCCCGUGAUGGCGGGGAAUGUGGCUAGGCCUGGGGACAGUUGGUCCCGGAGAUGAGGAGUACGAUCAACACCAUGCCCAGCCCUUCUAGGGUAGGGUUGGUGCCUGAGCCCGAGCUUGUAGCUCUCAAGAUGAGGAGGUACUUUUGCCUCCUCCCAUGGAAGACUUAGGUCUCAGACACUCCCUAAAGAGGGAACCAAGGCCGGGUCACCACUUGGAAAAGGCCCGGGCCGGGAGAAUACCGGCGAAUCUUUAACAAUAUUUGUUACGCUUUUUUUACUGCGUAACAUGAAAAGUCCUGCUGCUAAAGAAUAAAUGACCUGCCUGUCUUGGGGCAUUUAUAUUAUUUAAAAUUGAAAAAACCACUCUAGGGCCAGCAUGUACCUUCAUACAAAUUAUGAAGCAUAAAUUUAAAUAGUCAAUGUAUUAUAAGGACACAAAAACUCACCAAUUCAAAAAUAUAAUAUAUUAAUAGUAACGUAUAUACAACCUACCAUCUACUCUACUACAACAUCACCUUUCCUCCAGUUCACAUUAGCUCACUAGCACACUGCUACUAGUGAGUAAAACAAAGUAUAUAAACAUUUAUAAAUAGGGAGGCUACGUAACACCCCUCCACCUUUUGCCGGUCUGUCUACCAGCAGGCAAAAACACCAGACGAGUAGUCUUCCAAAACUUAAACAGGCCUCUGAACACUAAGGCCUUAUAGGUAAACAUGAGAGCACUUAAACACAAAUAAAAUAACCUAUGGUAUAUACUUACAAAACAAAACAAAGCUAUGAAUACUUCUCGCAGCUGCCGCCCUCCAUGUACUGCCUCACAAACACCUCAUCUACUCCUGUCUCCUGGUCACUCUGCCUGACCAGGAACAAUACGCGUCCGGUUUCAAUACAAAUCACGGAAAACUGUGGAGCAUUUUUUAAACAAUCAUUUUACUGCAGCACGCUGCAUAAUAAUAUCAACAUCUUCUUAAAUGUGUGUAAUGACGUUUAUGGUAAGUAUUAUUAGGCACUUAAUCCAUGUGAUGAUGCCAAGUAAAUAAACUUUGCAAUAUA